AUGUCAGCUGGUGCUUCUCAGGGUACGCUGGACGUUGACGACCGCAUUGCUCAGACAGGGUGCGAAGCGCAGUACCGGCGCCUUGAGGACUGCCUGGACCGGCACGACAGGGUGUGGAAGCAAUGCCAGUCUGAUCUCCACGAGUUUGGGCGUUGCAUGAAAUCAAACAUCCCGGGCGCCGACGUUAAGCCGGGUCAGCCUCCAGUGUAA